UUGUCAUUUAUAUGUACACACAAUAUUCAUACACACAUGCGUAUGAAGGUAAUGAAAUAUUGUGUAUGUUUAAUGAAUGUUUAGUAGGCAGUAGGAUCCAACUAACGAUUUGUUACUACUAAAUUCAUAAGAUACUCUAAUUACGAACGUUCUAGUUAAUUAUUACGUUACGUCAGAUACAAACUAUUAACUUCGUAAAAUGGCACAAGAGGUGGAGGAAACUAUGAAACGUAUUCAAUCGCAUAAAGGAGUCGUGGGAACGAUUGUCGUCAAUGCAGAAGGUAUACCAAUCAAGUCUACAUUGGAUAAUACUACAACAGUUCAAUACGCAGGUUUAAUAAGCCAACUAUCAGACAAAGCACGAUCCGUAGUAAGGGAUCUAGAUCCAACUAAUGACCUGACAUUCCUGCGUAUUCGUAGUAAGAAACAUGAAAUUAUGGUUGCACCGGAUAAAGAAUUUAUACUUAUAGUCAUACAAAAUCCAGUAGAUUGACAUCUAAGAAAAGAGCUAUCAAAUACCAAAAUAUAUGUUUCGCUACGCGUUGAUAAAUUAUUUUAUACAGCACAUUCCAUUUUAAUUUGAACUAUUUGCAUUGCUAUCUAAGCAAAAACAAUACCUUAUUUUUACUUUUGAAAUGGCCUUAAAGAAUGUGCUCUAUGCGUGUUAUUGACUAAUCAAAUUCAUCUAUCUACCGUACAUUAAUUGAAGAAAGAGGUUCUUAUCAAAUAAUUACAUUUAUAGUAGCUUCAAAUUUUUAUUUAAUACAGACAGUACAUUAUACAAAGUUUAUCUAUUAUAUAAUUAACACUUUUUCUGUACAAUAUGGUAACAAGGAAUAAACUAAAUCUUUUGUACAUGUUUUUCCAACAAAAUUAAAUUAUAGUACUGAAUUGUUCAGUAUUAAGCUACGAUGAUGUAUUUACAGGAUUUGAACGUUUUAUAGAUGGAUGAAAGACGCAAUAAUAAACAAUCAUGGCUGUUAUACCUACCAAAAAUGGUAUAAUGCAAAAAAUAAUAAGUACAUUGAAAUACCAGGCCUGUUUAACUUCACUUGACGAUAUGUAUAUCCAAAGAACAGUUGCUGUUGUAUUUUCAAAGAAACAUAUCAUAUAAAAGAACACGUGUUUGAAAAAUGUGCUGCCAUCUACAGCAUGCAAAUAUAUGAACACGUGAACAACGCCAAUUAUAAGGGAUAAUAGUACAGAGUAUAUGCGUUCUUUCAGUUUUGGAGGACAAUGUGGCGCACGAUUAUGGUUUCUACAAAAUUCUAAUAUGCCAUGUGAAUCUAUGAUGAUCCAGCAGCUCAUACCUAUCCAAUGUAAAAUGCAAGCAAUCGCUGUAUGUAUUGGCCAAAUGCUCGCGGCAACGGUUAGCGAUAAUAUCCUUGAAACUGAAAUAUUUCAUUAUAAAUAAUGAUUUCUAAAGCUUUUUCAUACGACAGUUCUUUAAAUACCUGUUGUGCAAAAGUGCCAUAGAAACUGCAAAACAGUUCCUGUGAUUCCGAUAUUAAACUUGUCUUGUUGAACCAAUCUAAUACUACGAUGAUAACUAGCCAUGGCCCAGCCCAUGCUUGCAAGUGAACUGAGGAUAGUAGCCACUUGGUGAAUAACUAUAAUGAAUACAAAGACAAAUUUUAAUUUUAUAUGUAGAUCUUCCCAAAAAGAUAUCUAUCUUUUAUAUGUAAAUUUUGCCAAAACAUAUACAUUCAAAAUUAAUCUUCUUAUGGUAAUCCUUCAAUAAUAUAGUUAAUUGCAAAACUUGUUGAGGUGCUGCUUCUAAAAAGCAUUCGAAUACUCUCAGUAGAGCAACAUCUUGAUCUUCUUUGAGCAUUUUUAUGUAGUAUCUCCUUUGAGCAUUUCUGUUUCCUUGUUUUUGAAAUCUAUAAGCCUUCAGAGUAUAUAUCAAUAUUCUGUAGUAACGAAGUACCGGUGCUAAUUGAAAUGCAACAACUACAAUACAAUAUAACUUUCUUGUUAACAUGGAAUGUAUGCACUUGGAUUCGGUAUGAUUUUGGACACAAUUUUUCUAGGAAAAAAUAAUAAUUAUUUCAACGCUAUUAAAACAGAAAUUUAGUGGAUUACAUUGUAUAAUCUUCUACCUGGUCAUCUUGGCAUUGCAUUCUUCUACUGAUUAUUACAUUUAUAAGCGAUGGUACAAAGAUAAAUGUAGUUGUCCAUAUAAAAUAUGUUGUUUUCCCACCUAAUAAAUAUCUUACAACAAGA